UAUGGUAAGAAACAAGACUUGGCCAUUUACUGCCCUCUUUGAGAGUACACUGACCAAAGCUGGCAUCUUUGUCUGCCUUUCUUUCCCUACUCACUGUUUUGUGUCCACUGGAACCCCACUAGUCUCCUUCCGCCCCUUUGUGCUUCCUUCCUCAUAGGCCAUGAAUGAGUAGUGGAAUGGACAUGGAUUCAAGCUCCUCCUCUUCCUCAGAGAAGCCUUCAAAGAAGGGGAAGGGGUUGGUACAGCAGCAGGAGCCACCAAGGUGUCAGGUUGAAGGUUGCAAGCUGGAUUUGAGUGAUGCCAAGGCUUACUAUUCCAGGCACAAGGUUUGUGGCAUGCACUCUAAGUCUCCCAUGGUGAUUGUUGCUGGCCUUGAACAAAGGUUCUGUCAGCAGUGUAGCAGGUUCCACCAGUUGCCUGAAUUUGACCAAGGGAAACGCAGUUGCCGAAGACGCCUAGCAGGCCAUAAUGAACGUCGAAGGAAGCCGCCUCCUGUGCCUCUGUCGUCACGCUAUGGACGACCGACAUCCUUCCAAGAGGACAACAGCAGCAGAUACAGAAGCUUUCUCAUGGACUUCACUAGUUAUCCAAGGCCUCCAGGAAGAGAAGUUUGGCCAACCAUAAGGGCCGAUGAUCGAUCAGCUAGUAGCAACUGGCAAAGUGGCUUCAGCCCAGCGGCAGCCAGGGUCCCUGAGCACAAUGCCAGCCAUCAGUACAUGCAAGGCUCGAUAUCUGGGACACUCUUUUCAAACCAAGAUGUCUCGCAAGUCGAAAGCCUCACCGGAGUCGACGAAGACUCCAGCUGUGCUCUCUCUCUUCUGUCAACUCAACCAUGGUGCAGUACUCCCGGAAGCCAAGCUCAAACAGUGUCAGCCAACACUAGUUUUGAAGGUACGACAUCAUUAGCUUCUAAUUAUGCAGAUACUACCGCUUAUGGAGUUAGUAGUAGCAGCGUCGGUGCAAUUGAAGUUCAACAUGAGAUGGCUCAGUUCCCCGGCGAGCUUGAGCUAGCUCUCCAAGGGGGUAGGCGGGGGUUGGACAUCGUCCCCGGCAAGGAAUACGAACAAUCUGGUCGUGGUCAUGGCCAUGGUCAUGGCAUGCAUUGGCCUCUUUAGAGGCAAUGUUGUACUGUGUUUUUUUUUUCUUUGGCUUUUAGAUCUUAUUAAUCUCGAAACUCUGGUGUUUUUGUUUAAAGAUCUUUAGAGAUCUGAAUUUGUUCAUGUUGUGCUGAAAGAAUGACUGAAUGUCAAACUAGUGUUAUGUUU